AUACACCGGAAGCGUUUUACAUUGACAUUAUUUUGUUGUUGACGCGGGUCGCCCCCACUGUUGCUCCCCGGUCUCCUGCGUGGAUUUACAUACCCUGAUUUCCGUGGGACUGGGAAGCUACAGAGGAGGGUGGCGAGCCUUCCAGGAACUGAGGAAACAAUCGCAAACAGUUUUUUGUCCCGGACUGGAUCGCUUUAGAGUCCGGAGAAGGGCUGUGAGGUUUACGGAGAAGUCUGGAAGCAGCCUGAGUUGAGACCCGGUUUGAAGGGCUGUGGCCAUGGCCGGGGGUGGUGGUGGUGGUGGAGGGAUUUCUCCGUUGGGGCCCGCACCGCCGAUGUGGUAUCACCGGGACCUGAGUCGAGCUGCGGCCGAGGAGCUGCUGGCCAGAGCCGGGAGAGACGGCAGCUUCCUGGUGCGGGACAGCGAGAGUGUCAACGGAGCGUACGCUUUGUGUGUACUGUUUCAGAAGCAUGUCCACACAUACAGAAUCCUCCCAGAUGAAGACGGAUUUCUGGCUGUUCAGACGUCUCAGGGUGUUCAGCCGAAGCGCUUUAAGACAUUACCAGAGUUGGUGUCAUUAUAUCUGCAGCCCAGCCAGGGUCUGGUCAGCACACUACUUUUCCCUGUGGACAGAGAGGAAACAGCCGCCAGUGAUGACAGAGACUAUUCAGAUGGGGAGGAUGAGAAGCCACCCCUUCCUCCUCGCUCCGCCUCCACCUCCACCCCUCCUGGACCAGACACACCCACAGAGAGUGCUCCAGCUGCUAAUGGCCUGAGCACCAUUUCCCAUGAGUAUCUGAAGGGCAGUUAUGCUCUUGACCUUGAGGCAGUCAAACAGGGCGCCUCCUCCUUACCUCACCUCAACAAGACGCUAGUGGCCUCCUGCAAACGCCUUAAUGGGGAGGUCGAUAAGGUUUUGUCUGGUCUGGAGAUCCUGUCUAAAGUCUUCGAUCAGCAGAGUGCUUUCAUGGUCUCCAAGAUGAUCCAGCAGUCAGUGAAUCAGGGUGGAGACCAGGAGUUGGAGAACCUUGUGACCAAGCUGGCAAUCCUCAAAGACCUGCUGUCCUCCAUAGAGAAAAAGGCUCUGAAAGCUCUACAGGACAUGAGUUUGUCUUCUCCAUGUUCCCCCCCUCCUCUCUCCAUGCGUCACAGCAAAGCCAUCCCUGUUCAGGCUUUUGAGGUGAAACUGGAUGUUUACUUGGCAGAGCUGACAAAAAUCGGGAAGAGUCAGAAGUACACUCUGUCUGUGGAUGUGGAGGGAGGACGACUGGUAGUGAUGAAGAAGGUGAAGGACAGCCAAGAGGACUGGACAACGUUCACACACGAUAAAAUCCGUCAGCUGAUCAAGUCUCAGCGGGUGCAGAAUAAACUGGGCAUUGUUUUUGAGAAGGAGAAGGACAAGAGCCAGAGGAAAGACUUCAUCUUUGCUAGUGCCAAGAAACGGGAGGCAUUUUGCCAACUCUUACAACUGAUGAAGAACAAACAUUCCAACCAGGACGAGCCAGACAUGAUCUCUAUCUUCAUUGGCACCUGGAAUAUGGGCUCAGUGCCUCCUCCUAAGUCUGUGGCUUCCUGGGUGUUGUGCCGCGGCCUCGGGAAGACUCUAGACGAGAUGACGGUCACCAUCCCUCAUGACCUUUACGUGUUUGGAAGCCAAGAAAACUCAGUGUGUGAUCGGGAGUGGGUGGAGUCUCUGCGUGCCAUGUUGAAAGAGCAGACAGAGCUAGAUUAUAAACCGAUCGCGGUGCAAACUCUGUGGAACAUAAAAAUAGCUGUGUUGGUGAAGCCUGAACAUGAGAACCGGAUCAGCCACGUGGGGAUGUCCAGUGUCAAAACGGGCAUCGCAAACACACUGGGAAACAAAGGAGCAGUUGGUGUGUCCUUCAUGUUCAACGGGACGUCCUUUGGCUUUGUGAAUUGUCACUUAACGUCAGGGAAUGAGAAGAUCGCCCGGAGGAACCAGAAUUACCUAGACAUCUUACGCCUGCUGUCGCUUGGAGACAAACAGCUGAGCUCCUUUGACAUCUCGCUGCGCUUCACACAUCUCUUCUGGCUGGGAGAUCUCAACUACAGGCUAGAUAUGGACAUCCAGGAAAUUUUAAACUACAUAAACAGGAAGGAGUUUGAUCCCCUGCUGAAAGUGGACCAGCUCAACCUGGAGCGGGAGAAGAACAAAGUCUUUUUACGCUUUGCGGAGGAGGAGAUCUCAUUCCCACCCACCUACCGUUACGAACGAGGCUCAAGGGACACAUAUGUCUGGCAGAAGCAGAAGGCUACGGGGAUGAGGACUAAUGUUCCGUCCUGGUGUGACAGGACCCUGUGGAAGUCAUAUCCAGAAACACACAUUGUCUGCAACUCCUAUGGCUGUACAGACGAUAUUGUGACUAGUGAUCAUUCCCCUGUGUUCGCCACCUUCGAGGUUGGAGUAACAUCCCAGUUUGUCUCCAAGAAAGGUCUUCCAAAAUCAUCAGAGCAAGCCUACAUUGAGUUUGAGAGCAUCGAGGCCAUCGUGAAGACGGCGAGCAGAACCAAAUUCUUCAUCGAGUUUUACUCCACGUGUCUGGAAGAGUUUAAGAAGAGUUACGAGAACGACAGUCAGAGCAGCGACAACGUCAACUUCCUGCGUGUGGGCUGGUCCAACAAGCAGCUAACAACGCUAAAACCUCUUCUCUCUGAGAUUGAAUACCUUCAGGACCAACAUCUGCUGCUAACUGUGAAAUCACUGGAUGGAUACGAGUCCUACGGAGAGUGUGUGUUGGCUCUAAAGUCUAUGAUUGGCAGCACAGCACAGCAGUUCCACACCUACCUCUCCCACCGAGGGGAGGAAACUGGAAAUAUCAGAGGGUCCAUGAGGGUCAGAGUCCCAUCUGAAAGGAUGGGAACCAGGGAGAGACUCUACGAGUGGAUCAGUGUGGACAAGGACGACACAGGUGGACCUAAAGGGAAAUCCACUUUGGUAUCCAGAGUGGGACAUGAAUAUGUCAAGCCAUCCGUGGUUCGAAAACAGCUUGGAGAGCUUGGAAAGGUCAGCGAGGAGGGAGAGAGAUGCAGCAAGGAGGAAACGGCUGCAAGGCCUAAACAAGAUGCACCUGAUGGAGAUUCAUCUGUCUGUAAGAACAGCUACAAUAAUCCUGCCUACUACAUCCUUGAGGGUGUCCCGAACCAAUCAGCAGCGGCUCUUUCAGCUGAGCUUCUCCCGUCUCCUACCUCUGCAAACCCUCAGGUAGCUAAACCCCUUCCCCCCUCUGUUAUUGCUCGAACCAAGCCCCCCUUUGGGGCAUCAGGGUCACGCAGGCCCAUGACUGGGCACACGGUGCGCUCCAUAAGUGAGGAAGGCUCCUCGGAGGACGAUGGAGGUGCCUGUGUAGCAGGGGUGCAGGGGGUUGGUGUCGGAACAACCGUUGGGACAACUCUGAAUCGACCCCCUCCUGACUUCCCCCCUCCUCCUCUACCCAAGGGAGCACUCGAGAUGGUUGCGGAAGCCCCCUUUGCCAAACCUCGCCCUCUUUACCCAGACCUAGCUGAAGUCAGGAUCCCAGCAGCUAGUCCUGCCACCCCUCUGGCCCUGGGAGAGGGUUUCAGACGAGGAGGUGGAGGAGGUGGAGGAGGUGGUGGAGGUGGAGGAGGUGGUGGAGGUGGUGGAGGAGCAUUGGACGACCAGUCUUGUUCCGUGCUUCAGAUGGCAAAGACAUUGAGUGAGAGUGAAUUUUCUGGGCAACCUCCACGUGCACCAUCUGCACCGCCUCCUCUUCGAGGGCAACCAAUGGGUUUAGGUCUGGAUGCCUGCCGCACCUUCCCACCAAGAAAUCCCAUCCCAGAGAGCAUUGCAGAGGACAUGCCAGAGGAGGCACUUUGGGGCAGCAGCAGCUCAUCUUUGUCUGUAGGGGACUCCUCUGUAGGGGAGUGGCUGCAGAGACUGGGACUGGAGCGGUAUGAGCAGGGUCUUCUACACAACGGAUGGGAUGACCUGGAGUUCCUCAGUGACAUCACGGAGGAGGACCUGGAGGAGGCAGGGGUGCUUGACCCCGCCCACAAGCGAAUCCUGCUGGAGAGCCUCAGACAGCAACAGCAGCAACCGAAAUAAACUCUUUCAAACUGGUCUAGGACUGGUCAGAACCAGUCCUGUUACCACACCAGGUCACAAGAGGACAACUGAGCUGGAACGUGCCUUUUGAUGCCAGACUGUGCCUUCUAAAAGAGAAUUUGCACUCUGUUUGUACUUAAAGAAACACUUGUUGAAUCACCAUCCUUUUUUUCACAUGUACUGUAUGUGUGUUGUCGUUGUAAAAUAGGCGGCCUUAUUUAAUGAUAAUCAUUUCAGUCCAUCAAGCAUCACUACAUAACCUUCAGCUAUAAACCUAGUGACAAGAUGCAGGUUGAGAUAAUGUUAAUGUACAACUCGUGUGUAGAGCAGCUGAGGCCUUAAUGUCGUGUUAUGUGCGUACUGUACCAUCACAACCUGACCUGCAGCUUGAAGGUAAAGCUUGUUUUUCUCUCCUUGUGACUGAGGUGUGACUGAGGUGUGACAUUGUUCAAGAUAACCAGAGCCCUGAAAACACACAUUCAGUAUCUAUGUUUUCAGGUUUUCCUCAAAAAAUAAUUCUCUUUGGGAAUUAUUUGAGAGCACUCGAGUGAUGUUCACACUCAGCUCUGGCAUAGCUGCACCAUUGUUUCUGUGAUAAAUAACUCAACUUUAAUUUCUAAGUUUUGUACCUUUGUGAUGAUGUUUCGGCCACUAAUGUCUAAACAGUGCCACAUUCUGUGUCAAAUGUCUCUGCAUGUAUUUAUAGAUUUAUGUUUGUUUGUUUUCAAUGAUAAAGGGAAUUUAGAGCAAACCAACCAAACCAGUCCAGCUAAUGUUUGAAUAUCUCACCUCAUUUCAGCAUUUUUCUGUGAGGACAUAGACUUUCAUGUAACAGGAGAAUACAUCUUAUUUUGAACAUUAUAAGACCCAGUUUUGAUGGGUCACAUCUUUUAAUAAUUUCAUUGUAAAGUCUGUAAAUGGAGCUGUGUUCAGGGAACAUAGCCAACAGACAUGCUAAUGCCUAUUGUCAUCAUACUGGAGAAACCAAAACAUUUCACGUCUUACUGUGUUUCUUUUUUUUUUUUUUUUUUUUUUUUUACACUUUUUUGUUGCAUUACUGGAGACUUGACAUAGUGGAAGAUGUCACCCCUCACAAAAAAUUUGAACCAGAAAUGUCAGGAUACAGAUCAUUCAAGGGCUGUUGUUGUUCACUGGUUUAACCAGCAGGAGGUGUUGCAACUCCACAAACACAGACAGUAGACACACUAACUGGAAACUUUCAGAAACACAACACGAUCAAGUCAAAGGACUCGUACUCUGAAAUCACACUGCCUUCAUUUUUUUUACUCUAAUCCUGCCUCCUUUCUGCCUGUGAGACUUAACUGAUCAGCCAGUCCAUUGACUUUUUUAUAAAUUCGGACUAGGCCUGAAAAGUAGAACUCUAAAUAAAUGUGCUGUUGCAUCGUUAGCACUAGGACUAUCGUUUGGACUCAUUAGGAGUGAUGAAACUAUUCUAAAGGUUUCAUUUUUCAUUAAUUUCUGGAACAGUUUGCCAUAUUUUCUCUUAUUUAACUUGCCUGUUGUGUUAUAUUUUGUAUAAUGCAUCUCAUCUUUCAACAGCCAACAACCAUAGUGUAGAGGUUGGGGCUCCGCCAUUUAGAUGUGUUACAUCUAGAGUUUUUUUGGCCUUCUCAGUGUUCUCAGUUGUUUGUGUGUGUAUGCAUGUGUGUGUUUGUGUUUGAGUGUAUGAGAGAGAGAGAAAGAGAGAGAAAGUUAAUAUAUGUGUGCAUGAAUGAAAAAGAGACUUUUUGUUUGCUCUAACACACUCCUGUUUUUCUUGUCUCCCCAUGUAAUCUCUUUUGGUCAUGUUAAGUUAAUGUAUGUUGUUCAACCAUGUUAUUUUUUCAAUUAAAAUGUAACAUCCUUCCUUA